UUAAUAUGAUAUAAUCUGUUGGAUAAGUAUCUAUUCUGGGGGUAUAGCUUUCCCUUUAGCUGACCAAGUUUGUCCAAGACUUAUUGCGCCAUGUCGGUUGCUUCAGUAAGGAGCAGGAUCACCUGUCAGGCCCAGACAUGUUGGUAUCAAUAUCCCCACCAUCGCCCAGUUUCCCUGCUUUCACCCCUCCCUCAUCCUCCCAUGCACAGAGUAGCAGGACCUGUUUAUAAAGCUACAUGGCAGUUAGUUUGGGAGUAGAACCUGCCGCAGCCCAUUCCAAAGAGACACCGCCAGAACACACGCCGUCAUGAAGCUUCCUCUCCUGUGCAGCAUCGCCGGUGCCCUCCUGUCUGUAGUUUUCUCCCUAACCUGCUACCAUUACAAUGGGGCUGCCGAUCACGCUCUGGGCCAGCAGAAGCUCACAGAAUGCAAGAACAGCCAGCGCUACUGCAGCUCCUCUCUCAUCACAUACAGCGGCCAGCUGUACCUGAAGGUUCUAGUGAAGGGCUGCACUGACGAUGAGGAGGGUGCCUGCAACAAAACUGCCACGGCCAACAUGAAGGACCUCGAGAGCCAACACAUCAAACUUUGCUGUGAAACAGAUCUGUGCAACAAGGAACUGGAACCAGAUUUGGGGCCCGAUGCACAGAAGUGGGGUACUGAAUGCCUGGCAUGUAAUGGACCUCCCACGGAAUGCGGUGGGGGUGGCCUUCCAGGCCUGCGAUGUAAAACAUCCCAGUCUAGUUGCAUCCAAGUCUCAAUAGCUACGGCUGUGGAAAAAGAAUCCUAUAAAGUCAUGAUAAAGAGCUGCAGCAAUAGCUCCGUCUGCCCAGGAAUGGCUGCGUUUAGCAACGGCCAGAACCCUGUGACCUAUGUCUCCCACCAUGAGUGCUGCACUGGCACACACUGUAACAACGGCCACUUCAUAGACACAGAGCCGGGAUCAGAGAAUGGGCUGGAGUGCUACUUCCAAUCGUCACACCAGACUGUCAACAAAAUGGCCUGUAGGGGUGAAAUGACCCAAUGCGCAGAUCUAAUAGGAGCCUCUCCAGACAACAUUCUAAUGAGUGGAUGUGCCACCCAGGCCUUCUGCCAGGGCCUCUACCCACAUUUCCCUUUACCAGGAUGGAAAAGUACAUCGUGCUGCUCUAAAUCGCUGUGUAACCAUAGCAAUAGCACCGGUCCACCAACUGGAGCAGCAGGACCCUGACUAAAGAGAGAGGACAAUGAAAAAUGAAAAUGUGUCUUAUAUGAUGAACUUUCUGGAAGUAAUUUUUCAGCGUAGCCGCGCUCUCCUGCAGUGGAGCUGUACCUGGGGGUAUCUUGGCUCUGUCUAGCCCCUUCAAAUAGUCACACCCCUGCUCUGCCCAGCCAUUUGUGCUUUUCUAUGGCAUUGGUGCUAUUAACUGACAGUGGACAAACAACCUGAUACUAUGGGUCAGGGGGUGUAAAAUCAGAAUGACUCCCAAAAAAUACUUGAAGUCUGUGCUGGCACCUAGCAUUGCCCUUGCAUGGGGUAGGACCGGAUUUAAAGAUAGUAUGUGCCCCUAGAUCAUUUGCAGGGCCCCCCUGCUUUGCUCACACCCCCCCAUCCCGCUCACAUCCCCCCUCCCAAGUUCCACGCCCCGCCUCCCUGCUCACACACAUCUACCGCCUGCUGCUACUGAUCUCUGGCACCUCUACCACCAGUUCAUAUGCUCUUUGGAUGGCAUGCCGCCCCCAGAUUUCUCCCGCUCUAGGCCCGGCCUUUGUGGCCUACCCACAAAUCCGGGCCUGUAAAGGG